GUUUCUGGUGCUUCUGGUGUAUUAUACAUGCUUACAUAUGCAUGUGAUGGUGGGAUGUGCUUGCGUUGGAAAUUCUCUUUCGUUGUCUCUGUUCCCCAGUUUUCUUUAGCAAUUUACCCUUCACGGAUCUUUUCAAGCAGUUUUUGGUAUAUGAUCACUUAUACCCUGGGUCCAUAUUAUAGUGAUGUUAUGGAAGUGAAUGAAUUUCUUCAUUGGCUUGAUGAUCAGAAGCUUAUAUUUCUCCUCUCCUUCAGAAAUAAUUGCCAGUGGCGAUUCUCCUCAAUUGGCCAAAUUGUGUGGCUGGUAGUCAUGCUUCUCUUUUUGUGCAUGCCUGUUGAUGGCGUUCUAAUUCACAGGGCUGUAGCCUUCAUCUAUCAUGCAAUUUCGGUGGUUAAUUGGAACACUAACAUAGAUAGUAUAGUUCAUGCUCUGGAGUUGAAGUUUCAAGCUAAGUGGUCUUCUGUAGGCCUAGAUCCUUUUGCCCUACAUGUGGAAGUGCCAGUGGUGCUUGUAUGUGCUGUAAGUGGAAGAGGAAGACAUUUAUAUAGCUCAUCUCCAAUGUUUGAGGGUGAACCUGACCAGAACUGGAGUCAUAUGCAUACUGAUCAACAAUAUGUUAACCUUGGUAGGACUCCCACUUCAGACAAUGGUUCUUAUAUUUAUCCUUUGGAAAAUAUGUCCAUAGAUAGCAUUUCUUUUCCAUCUCAUUGGAACACUGCACCAAGGUCAAAUGGAUAUGCCUCCACAACUCUCAACACUGAAGUACCCCCUCAUCAAUCAGAUGUAUCAGGCACUUCUCAUGACCAUUUUCUGCAUUCAUCAAAUGCUGGAAUGUUUUAUGCGGUGUCUGAAAAUUAUGUACACCAGCCUUCUAGUUCCAAUUAUGACAGACAAGCAUUUAACGUUGCUGAUGGGGGUUUUAUAGAUCUCACAAUGGGAAAUGGGCGAGGGCCUCACAAGCGGAAGAGCCCUGGAGUUCCUUCAGUCUGUGAGAGAGGAAGUACAAGCAGAUAUUUUAAUGCUGCUAGUGCAAAUGCAGCUGAUCGUCCUACAUCUUCAGAAUUGCGGCCUGAGAAACCCAAUAUGGAUUAUAUGCCUUGGGAUCAUGUUAAUAUGACACCCGAUCAUGUGAAUAUGACACCCACAUUUAGAGGUAGAGGCCUUUCAAUACGUGGUGAGAGUUCUUUAAGGAAUGUGAGGAGCCGUUCUGCACUUGAUUUAGAAUCCAACCUGGCUAGGACCCAUUUAUCAAAUACUCAUUCACACAACUCAUUCUCUACUGGUCAACAAAUGGACCAAUCUAGCAUGGUUGAUCUUUCAACUCAAACUUCUGGAACUAUGACAAGGGAUUGGAGCCAAAUGAGUGUUUGUCCUGCUCAUGGAAGGGUGCCAUCAUUAGAUGCUAAUGCUUUUAAUCAUGAGGCGAGUCAUUUCCUUAUUGGAAGUGGAUCUAGUAAUCCUCCUGUAGAUGUUGGAGGUUUUCAUAAUGAGUUUGGAACUAGCAGAAAUCCUACUGCUCCACAAAGUUUUCAUAAUAAUAGUCUGAUUCAACCUGCAAGAGGAGUUCGCAGUAACUACUCUCAAAGAUCCACUCCAACUUUUAGGGCUUCUUCAAGCUUGCACUUGGGUCGUGUGGCACCUUCUGAUGAUGGAUUGCAUAUGGUGGCUGAAAGCUACUCUUCUAGACAUCCAAGGCCUUUGACCACCGUUGGCUGGCACAGCAAUGAUAGAAAUGGAAGGUCAAGAAUACAUAGUGAUAGAUAUCGAGCAUUGGCUGAUGAGGGUUUCAUGAUUGUUGAUCGCACUUCACUGUAUGGUUCUAGGAAUAUGCUUGAUCAGCAUAGAGACAUGAGGAUGGACAUAGACAACAUGAGUUAUGAGGAACUACUUGCACUCGGAGAGAGAAUAGGCCAUGUGAGCACAGGAUUGUCUGAAGAUUUGAUUUCCAAGUUUUUGACAGAAACAAUAUACUGUUCAUCCGAGCAAAGUCAAGAAGACGAAACUUGUGCUAUCUGUCUGGAAGAAUACAAGAACAUGGACGAUGUUGGGACGCUGAAAGCUUGUGGGCAUGAUUACCAUGUGAGUUGCAUUAGAAAGUGGUUGUCUAUGAAGAAAGUAUGUCCUAUCUGCAAAGCUUCUGCUUUGCCUGAAGAAACGAAGGAUAAAUAA